AUGUUGGUGCACUUAUUUCGGGUCGGAAUUCGGGGUGGCCCUGUCCCAGGCAGGCUGAUACUACCCCUCCGCUUCCAGACAUUCGCGGCCGUCAGGUGCUCUGAUGGCCGCCACAGCUCCUACCUCCUCAGGGCUGUGGCCCAGCUGCGCUCCCAGCUCCGGGCUCACCUCCUUCGAGCGCCUCCAGCUCCCAGCCAAAGACCCUCUGCCUGGCGCUGGGUUGGGGGCAUCCUUCUGGGCCCCGUGCUGUUGAGUAAGUGCCCCCGCUUCUGCCUUGUGGCGCUGUGUGAGGCAGAAGAGGCCCCUCCUGCCUGCUCCAGACCUUGUGUCGGGGAUUCCCGCUUUAACUGGAAGCUCUUCUGGCAGUUUCUGCGCCCCCACCUGCUGGUCCUGGCGGCAGCCAUCGUGCUGGCACUGGGUGCGGCCCUGGUGAAUGUGCAGAUCCCCCUGCUCCUGGGCCAGCUGGUGGAGAUUGUGGCCAAGUACACAAGGGACCAUGUGGGCAGCUUCCUGACUGAGUCCCGGAAUCUCAGCACCUACCUGCUCAUCCUCUAUGGCAUUCAGGGCCUGCUGACCUUCGGGUACCUGGUAUUGCUGUCCCGCAUCGGCGAGCGCAUGGCCGUGGACAUGCGGAGGGCCCUCUUCAGCAACCUGCUUCGACAAGAUAUUGCUUUCUUCGAUGCUAAAAAGACAGGGCAGCUGGUGAGCCGACUGACAGCUGAUGUGCAAGAGUUUAAAUCAUCUUUCAAACUCGUCAUCUCCCAGGGACUGCGAAGCUGCACCCAGGUGGCUGGCUGCCUGGUGUCCCUGUCUAUGCUGUCCCCCCGCCUCACGCUGCUGCUGAUGGUGGCCACACCCAUUCUUAUGGGAGUUGGCACCCUAAUGGGCUCAGCUCUCCGAAAGUUGUCUCGCCAGUGUCAGGAGCAGAUUGCAAGGGCGACAGGCGUAGCAGAUGAGGCCCUGGGCAACGUUCGGACCGUGCGGGCCUUCGCCAUGGAGCAUCGGGAAGAGGAACGCUACGGAGCAGAGCUGGAGGGGUCCCGCUGUAAGGCAGAGGAGCUGGGCAGGGGCAUCGCCUUGUUCCAGGGGCUCUCCAACAUUGCCUUCAACUGCAUGGUCUUAGGCACUCUGUUUAUUGGGGGCUCCCUUGUGGCUGGACAGGAGCUGACAGGGGGAGACCUCAUGUCCUUCCUGGUGGCCUCCCAGACGGUGCAGAGGUCCAUGGCCAACCUCUCUGUCCUGUUCGGCCAGGUGGUGCGGGGGCUCAGUGCGGGUGCCCGGGUGUUUGAGUACAUGACUCUGAGCCCGUGCAUUCCGCUGGCUGGGGGCUGCUGCAUCCCCAGAGAGCACCUGCGCGGGGCCGUCACGUUCCACAACGUCUGCUUCAGUUACCCCUGCCGCCCUGGCUUCCAGGUGCUCGAAGACUUCAGCCUCGCGCUGCCCCCUGGCAAGAUCGUGGCCCUCGUGGGCCAGUCCGGCGGAGGAAAGACCACGGUGGCUUCCCUGCUCGAGCGCUUCUACGACCCCACGGCCGGCGUAGUGACCCUGGAUGGGCGGGACCUGCGAACCCUCGAUCCCUCCUGGCUCCGAGGCCAGGUCAUCGGCUUCAUCAGCCAGGAGCCAGUCCUGUUCGGAACGACGAUCAUGGAGAACAUCCGUUUUGGGAAGCUGGGUGCCUCGGAUGAAGAGGUUUACGCAGCUGCCCGGGAGGCCAAUGCCCACGAGUUCAUCACCAGCUUCCCCGAGGGCUACAACACCAUAGUUGGUGAGCGGGGUGCAACCCUGUCUGGUGGCCAGAAGCAGCGCCUAGCCAUUGCCCGUGCCCUCAUCAAGCAGCCCACGGUGCUGAUCCUGGACGAGGCAACCAGCGCACUAGACUCAGAGUCCGAGCGGGUCGUGCAGGAGGCCCUGGACCGCGCCAGCACUGGCCGCACGGUGUUGGUCAUCGCACACCGGCUCAGCACCGUGCGUGGGGCCCACCACAUCGUCGUCAUGGCCCACGGCCAAGUCUGUGAGGUGGGAACCCAUGAAGAGCUCCUAAAGAAGGGUGGGCUCUAUGCGGAGCUCAUCCGGAGACAGGCCCUGGAUGUCCCAGCUCCCGAGAUGCCCAGAGGCCCCAGGAACCGCCACCCCAAGUCCUGA